ACAGUUGGAACUGCACCUCCACACCCAUGGCUCUCUUGGUCAGCUUCCUGCCAGUAUCGGACGCCCACGAAUGUAUAUGUGAUGACGUAUCACAAACUCAUACACUUCCAGAACCAGACUGGCUAGAGACUGAAGUGGUGGCUGGUUUCCGUGUGUGGCAGAUUCUCUUCUUAGUAUGUGCGGGACUUGGCACUCUUGUGGUUGUGGUUUGUUGCAUGACUCGUUGGCGUAUUCCUCACACUCGCCAAGAGAUCGAAGCCAAUCAUCGACGCAACCAAAUCACUCAACUCUUCCGAUGUCAUUUGGAUCGAAUCCCUGUGGAUGAAGUAGAUCUUCUUUGGGCACUGGACAUAGUAAAAGCAGCGGUAGAGAGGCGGAAAUCCCGGAAGAGGCCCAGCGAAGGUGCGGAAGAACAACCCGAGGACGAGCUAAAGCCCAAGCAACUUCCACUCAUGCAGAGAAUAAAGAAUGUCUUCGUGAAACCUCCUUUGGUAGAAUUCAGCGACGAUGAGUCCAAAAGCAAUAGCACCGUUGACAAUUGCUCAUUAUAGAAUUCAUUAAGGAUUCAAAACAAUUUUUUUUAUCUCAACCCCUUUACAUUAACAUUUCAAAAAUAUCUUCAAAAUAUUAAAAAGACGCAAAUAAUCAAUAAACCGACUGAUGCGUAAGGGACAGAUUAAUAAGUCUUUCAAACGAAUUUUACUGUUAAAGUAAUAAAUCGGAAGAUUAUAAUGAUUCAUAAAAAAUAUUUGGAUUUGGUAAAUAUUUUAGAAGUGAAUAAAAUCUGGAAGAAAAUAAAAUAUCAUUAUUAUUAUUCUAUAGCUUUUUUGCAUUUAGCUAAUAAAUGUUGCAUGCUGAGUACCUUGACCUGUCAAGCUAAGAACUUGUUAUUGUCCGCUCUCUCAAUACAUAUGCAGAAACUUACUUGAAAUCUUGUAACUGGCUAAGUGUAAACCCAACUUUAAUUUUGUAUAAAAUUAAUUUAACACACUAUUCAAGAGCAAUUCAUGUCAAUGUCAUUCCAAUUUCUUCAAUGAAUGCCUUGAGCAUAAAAGGCCCCCCUUUCCAUGCACUCCUAGCAGAGGCGGCGUUAGCAGGGGUAGGGCAAUGGCCCCCUGUUGGCAACUGCUUGCCCCCUCGUCGGCGAGAGAUUGAGAGUUUCGUCGGCAAAAUGUUUCACCACUUCAGAAUGAUUGUGGAAAAGAUACACAUUCUCGAGUAUUAAAAUUUAAAAACCAUCUUAAAGUUAAUAUGUUGUAAACAGUCGAAAUGCCAAAUAUCACUUAAGGAGGAUUGACUAUAUUUGGCAAAAUAAUCGAUAGGGUGGCAGGUCAAUAAGAUACCGCAUUUUGCCGACAAUUUUUGAUCGCCUGACUAUGAAUGCAAUUUGAUAGAUGUAGAGGCUAAAUCCGCAGAUUUUCCAGCAUUUGAUUGAAAUGUCGUUCAUCAAGCUUCUAAUUUGCAUUACUUUUGUCGAUAUAUCCGAUAAGAUGAAUAAGUUAUCUCAUUCUGUUAGCAAUUUCUGGACUGCCGAUUAUGAACUGAAUACGAUGGAAGUUCGCAAAUUUUCAGAUAUCUUAUUCAAAUGUCGUUCAUUCGGCUUAUAAUUUGCAUUAUUUUUAGCAGAAUCUAGACAUAGAAUAACCAACAAAGUGUUAAAUGAGAAAGACGUCGCAUUUUUGUCGAUACAUCUUUGUCUUUCGGCUAAGAUGUUAUCUUAAGUUAUGAAAAAAAAUGACUUUCAUUUUGUAUUUCAAUUAGUUGCAAGUGAAAUCAUUAGAA